AUGAUUCUCUUUCUGCUAUACGAAUGCGCAAUUAGACAUAACCAACUAAAUGCUACACAGUGGAAAAAAAAAAAACGAAAACUGUAUGAACAUAUGAGGAAAGAUUUUUUGCAAAUUUCGCUCGUGAAGGACAUAUACCAUCUAAGAGCCCAUGUCAAAAAUAAAAUCAACUUGAUGAAUUUUUUCGGGAUCAUUUUCUCUGACAGUAAUGAUGGCAGCUUGGGCAAUGGCGACAGUAGGCAGCAUGUAGGAGGUGCUAUUUUAAACGGCAAGGGAGAAACGUGGGGGAAGCAAAUUCUCCUAUACAAUGAAGCCAAAAUAAUCGACCUACUGAAGAAAAACGAAAUCGACAAGAGCAUUCUGUCGGAGGCCUUCACGCCCAUGACGAAAAUAUUUUGCACCUCGUUCUGA